AUGUCUGAGCCGUUAAUAACGGCCGCUCCGUCCACAGAGCAGCUGCGCGAGCGCCUGCCUGUCUCGGGGCUGACGCUGCUGGUGCUCGCGCUGGCACCGUGCGCGCUGCUCGUGCUGUUGCUGCUCCACUGCCUGCUGUUGGGCUACAAGCUCCUGCGUCUCGCGAAGAGGAGGAAAGGCGCGCGCUGCGACUCCGAGAGCGCGCUCUCGGGCUCGCGCUCGCACUCGCCAGUGUCCACGCGCCGCUUCUCGUGCGGUCGCGCGAGGACAGCCAACUGCUUUUCGUCCGCGCCCGAGCUCGCGCCGCCAGUCACGUCGUCACUCGUGUCGUCGGCGGAGCGGCGCGUGAGGCUGCUGCGGCCGGACGGAGCCACGCACGCGGGCUCGGGUUCGCUGCGCUCGUGGCGGAGGGGGAGCGCCCCGGUCCUGCUGCUGCACUCCAGCGAGUCGGAUGCGGAGCGAGGCAACGUCGUGCCGCCCAACUCGCCGGAGCAGCUCGCGACUCCCAGCAGGAGGGUUUCGGUACCUGUAAGGAUGAUGCGCCGGAGUAGCACGAUGGAGUUGGAGCUCAUAUCUCUGGAUAAGGUCCACGUGGAGGGUGAGAUCAUCAGCAGCAUUCCUCAGGAGGCCUCAUGCUUUGUAGCUUCCACAAGUUCUUCAGCUGCCGGACCUGGGCUCGACAGUGACUUCGGCGCCAGUGCAGGUGUGUCUUUGCGGAUCCUGUCGGCGGACAGCGACGGUUUCCCGGGGGCGACCUGGGCGUCCGGCCUUGAGUGGGAUUAUUACGACCCAAGUUACGUCACGCAGAACCACGUACCCAAACACAGACACCAUGCACCCCCUAUCACAAUCAAACAGUACUGGGUCUGAGACGCACGCUGUUCACAGCAGUCUGGAACUCAAGGCCAUUUAAGGAUUCGGGAACGCUUGGAUGAAAACUCUAAUCCGGUCUAGAAUUCUUCAGUCUUCAAACACCCGCCUCGAAGUUUUAUCUCCUUCAUGACGCACACUCAUCACAGUUCACACCUUUGAAGUCACG